AUGCCAACCUCAACCCCGCAGAGACGGCCUUGCGCACAGCUCUCUUCUUUCCUGGUUUGCAUACCCUGUCAUGGUGUACAGCGUGUGGGGAUGGCAAGCUCUUGGGUUGAGAAGUUCCCCAAAAUAUCCAACAGAUUCCUAGACGAAAUGGAUUCGAUCUUGGGGUUCAAAUUGUCUCAUACCAUUUCAGAAGGACCAAAUUCGGAGCUCGAUAAGACCGAAAAUUGUCAGCCGGCUAUAAUGGCAACCUCAAUACUAAUUCUUCGAAUACUUGAAGAGGAGUUCGGCUUCAUGACAAGCUCACGAGUGAGUGUUACGCUCGGACAUAGUUUGGGCGAGUUCUCGGCACUUGUUGCUGGAGGUUACCUCGCUUUUAGCGAUGCACUGAAGUUGGUGAGACGGCGUGCAGAGAUUAUGUCCGAGUGCACGCGAGAUGCUACCAAGAGAUCAGGGGAUGAAUUUGGCAUGAUAGCACUUGUCUGUGAGCCCGAGCAUAUGAGUGAAUUGCUUUCUACCAUUUACGAUUUUAUUGGACUUGGCCCAUCAACUUUGAAAGAUGACUCGAGCCAAUGGUACAAGGCAUUCCAACAAGUGAUGGUGGCAAAUAUCAAUUCAAGGAAUCAGAUUGUACUAAGCGGCAACAUUGCAAAAAUAAAGGAUCUGCUUAUCCAGCUUCGUCAAUUUGGAGGACACGAUCCUCGUGCGGUGAGAUUGAGAUGCGAAAGUCCGUUUCACAGUCCCAUUAUGAUACCAGCAGCCAACUACAUGAAAAGUGCCCUUGAACAUAUGAAUAUCAAUUUCCCAGCACGAAUGCCAUGUAUCUCGAACGUUUCGGGCUUACCGUUCAAAUCCAAGGAAGAACUCAGAGUUUUAUUAUCACAGCAGUGUGUCGAUACGGUAAAAUGGUGGGAUAGCAUCCGAUACCUAGAUCAGACCCAUGCAGUAACACGCUGGAUUGGCAUCGGACCUGGAAAAGUCGGUAGAAAUCUGGUUGGGAAAGAGGUCGGUAAGGUUAUGGUGAAAGGCGGCGGUGUUUGGUCGAUAUCUGACCCCCUGGAGAUAGCAAAUGUCCUUUCUGCGUUGGACAAGACUGAGAGUGACACUUCACAUGAUCGAAAAGGAUGA